ACGUUUGUAUGCAUGUGCCUAUAACACUUUUUUAGUUUCUAUCGCUCCCAUCAGUGGCUCUCUCUAGACUUCUAUAUAUAAGUCUAUGAUCGAAAAGCAUAUCACAAGUCAAAGUGACUAUCUGGCUUGCCACAAUUUCAGAGAGAUAGAGAGAGACAGAGUAGAGAGAGAUGAGAAAGGAGUGUCAUCCAUUGUUGAGUGGAGCUAGCAGAGGAUCAGCAGGUGAAGAUGGAAGGUCAUACAAACAUGGGUUACCAUCAGCUGAGAUGGAGUCUUUGGCAAGCGUCUGCGAGGCUAUAUUUCCUCCUUUGCCAUUGGCGGAUCCUAGUUUUGAAGGGAAGAAGGAGGAGCUAUCUGGAAAUAAGGCUGUGCAGUCCUUCUACCAGGCUUCUGGGGCUCAAACUGGAAUCCCAGAUGAGGUUGCAGAGCUAUUGGUGAACAGGGGUUUUAUGGAAGCCGUGGUUCUCGUUAGAGUGGUUUUAUGGAUCCUAAGCAGUAGGUUGGGGACUCUACUGCUCUGUGGUUCUCUUUGCUUGGGCGACACGUGGCCCUUCGUUUACAAGUUCUCAUGUCUGCCAUUGGAGAAGAGAGAGAGGGUUCUGCAGAGGUGGUUCAGGCAUAGGUUUCUCACCCCUAUUAGGCUUGCUUUUCUUUACAUCAAGAUCCUCUGCCUCCUCAUUUUCUUCACCCGGGUUGAUGAAAAUGCUGAAAACCCAGCAUGGGAAGCCAUUGGAUAUCAAGUAGAACCAACUGAGAACCCGAAAAGAGUCCUGGAAGAGAGGCCUCUUCACAAGGGAAUCAUAGAAACCAUGUACCAAACUGACACUAGCCUUCUGGAUUCUCUUGCUGACAAAGGCCUCAAAGUCACACUUGACUCCAAAAACAACCUCUACAAGAUCAAAUGUGAUGUGGUAAUUGUUGGCUCUGGCUGUGGAGGAGGUGUUGCAGCAGCUGUUCUAGCAAGUUCAGGCCAGAAAGUGAUUGUUCUUGAGAAAGGGAACUACUUCACUGCGUCCGAUUACUCGUCUCUGGAAGGUCCAUCCCUGGAUCAACUGUAUGAAUCAGGAGGCAUUCUUGCAACUGUUGAUGGGAAAGUAUUGAUUCAGGCUGGGUCAACAGUUGGUGGUGGCUCUGCUGUUAACUGGUCAGCCUGCAUUAGAACACCAGACUAUUUGCUUCAGGAAUGGGCCAAGGAUCAAAAGAUUGCCUUCUUCGGGGGAUCCGAAUACGUUUCUGCAAUGGAUGCUGUGUGUGAGAGAAUCGGGGUUACAGAGAGUUGUGUAGAGGAGGGGUUCCAAAAUCAAGUGCUGCGAAAAGGGUGUGAGAAUUUAGGCCUUGCAGUUCACUUUGCCCCUCGCAAUUCUUCGGAGAAGCAUUAUUGUGGAUCGUGCGGUUAUGGAUGUAAGAAAGGAGAGAAAAAGGGGACAGAUUCUACAUGGCUGGUGGAUGCAGUGGAUCAUGGUGCAGUGAUCUUAUCCGGUUGCAAAGCCGAGAGAUUUGUAUUGGAAAAGAGCUACAAGAGUGGAAGUAUAAGGAAGAAGAAAUGCUUGGGAGUAAUGGCAAAAAGUUUAUGUAACAACAUAACAAAGAGACUGCAAAUUGAGGCAAAAGUAACAAUUUCAGCAUGUGGAGCUCUUUUGACACCUCCCUUAAUGAUCUCUAGUGGACUAAAGAACCGGCACAUUGGUCGAAAUCUUCAUCUCCACCCAGUCCUAAUGGCCUGGGGAUACUUCCCUGACUCGAUUAGUUCAGAAUUCAAGGGUAAAAGCUAUGAGGGUGGAAUAAUCACAUCGGUCCAUGAGGUCGUCUCAGCAGACUCUAGGCCAAGAGUCAUCAUUGAAACUCCUGCAUUAGGGCCUGGAACAUUUGCUGCUUUGUGCCCCUGGGUGUCUGGACUAGACAUAAAGAAAAGGAUGCUGAGAUUUUCAAGAACUGCACAUAUGAUUGUAAUAAUCCGGGAUAAGGGUUCAGGGGUUGUUAGGACAGAGGGAAGAGCAAGCUUUGAGCUUGAUGCAUCAGACAAAGAGGACAUGAAGGCUGGUUUGAGGCAGGCACUUAGGAUUCUGAUAGCAGCAGGAGCAGUUGAAGUUGGCACUCACCGCAGUGAUGGGCUGAGACUCAAAUGUAAAGGGACUGAUAAGAAGGAACUAGAGGAGUUUUUGGACGAAAUUUCUGCAGAUGAAGGGCCACAAUCACUGGUAGAGAAAUGGACAACCUAUUCCUCAGCUCAUCAAAUGGGAAGCUGUAGAAUGGGAAUCAAUGAAAAAGAAGGUGCCGUUGAUCAGAAUGGGGAGAGCUGGGAAGCCGAAGGCCUAUUCGUCUGUGAUGGUAGUGUGUUGCCUAGUGCUGUUGGUGUCAAUCCGAUGAUCACCAUCGAAUCAACUGCUUACUGUCUCUCAAAGAGACUAGCAGAGUCUCUAAGAAAACAACAGUUUUCCAAUGAUGGUUGAUUCGUUUACUUAAAUCACAAUUCACAAAACACCAGGUGGGAGAUUCAUUUGGCAACUGAACUCUUGAUAGUGAUGUUCAUUCUAAUAUUUUAGCAGGUGCAGUAAUCAAGUAUUAUUCAGAUGGAGGUUCUGCUGUCUUCAGUCUUCAGUACAAAGUUUACCAAAAUGUACUCGCUCAUUCUGAAAAUAAAAUAACAGAUCCGGUAUUUUCUAUUAAAUAGCAAUAUAUAUUUGAUCAAUUUGUUAUCAA